GCAGCCCCUCUGACUCGACCUAGAAGAAGAGGAAGUCGGUUCACUAUGCUCACAAGUGUUUACGGAGGAGGCUGAGGAGACUAAUCACCUUUACCUGCCCGCGUUCAGCAUUAAGCAGCAGAAAUGAUCAUUCGGCAGCUCACGCGGCGGACGCUGCGCUCUCCUUUGGAAUGUGGGAGUCAGCUUGCAGCUCUGAAAGCUCUGACUGGAGCUGCGAGACCAAACUCAGACAUGGCAGAGUUUCGUGAGGUUUUCUCCAAAGCCAAGCACAUCGCCAUCAUCACUGGAGCUGGGGUUAGCGCAGAGAGCGGCCUGCCCACCUUCAGGGCAGCCAGUGGCCACUGGAGACGAUGGAAGACGCAGGAUCUGGCCACUGCGCAGGAGUUCUCCCGCAACCCGUCCAGAGUGUGGGAGUUCUACCACUACUGGAGGGAGUUGGCCCUCAAGGCCACGCCCAGCGAGGCCCACAGAGCUAUAGCCGAGUGUGAGGCUCGUCUCAGUAAGCAGGGCCGAUCCAUGGUGGUCAUCACCCAGAACACGGAUGAGCUCCACCGCAGAGCCGGGUCCAAACACGUGCUGGAGGUCCACGGCAACCUUUUCAAAACCAGGUGUCUGAGCUGUGGAGAUGUGGAUGACAACCACCACAGCCCCAUCUGCGCUGCUCUGCAGGGCAAAGGUGAUCCAGACCCAAAGUGCAGCGAUGCUGAUAUUCCUGUGAGGGAUUUGCCAAGGUGUGACGAGGGAGGCUGUGAUGGCCUCUUGAGGCCGGAUGUGAUCUGGUUCGGGGAGACGCUGGACUCUCAUGUCCUCACCAAAGUGGAGAAGGAGCUGGACGCCUGUGACCUCUGCCUGCUGGUGGGCACAGCCUCUGUCGUCUUCCCUGCAGCAUUGUUCGCCCCCCAGGUGGCGUCUCGGGGAGUCCCAGUGGCCGAGUUUAACAUCCGGCCGAGAGCGAGCACAUCCCGAUAUAAGUAUCAUUUCCAGGGUCCGUGUGCCUCCACCCUGCCCAUCGCUCUGGCGCGCCACCAGUCUGAGGUGAUCUGAAGCUCCGCCUUCCACCAGAGGGAGGUAAAGAGGAGCGAAGCUUCACGGUCCUUUUUAAAACCACCAGCCCAGGGGUGCCUUUCAACUACCAGCAUUUACCAAAAGACGGAGGCGCUCAGCGCUGGGAAUACAGCACACCCCUGUCAUUAGUACAUUCUGCUUUAAAUGAGUUUUGUUGAAGAGGUGAAGUGGACCUGUUACAGCGCUGUUACGCCAGCCAAAUGGGAACCAUUAACGCUUGCUUGGAAAUUAGGAAGACUGCGGAAUCUAAUUUUAUUUCUAGUGUGAUAUAAUUGAUCCAGCUAUGUGGCAAAGCGCGCCCCAGAGACGCCGAUUUACUGCCAGUCAUUUGCUGAUCUGUGUGGAAAUGCAGUGCUUUCUUCGGUUUUUGCUCAGCUGCAUUUUAGCUCCCCUAAAAACAGCUUACCAACACUAGCAAAAAAGUACUAUAAGAAUGAAUGGAAGCCAGUGAGCUUUAGUGCUAUUCUUAUGCAUUAGUACGGUUUGAGUGAAGCAUUAAAGGGCCCAUAUCGUGGUGAAGCUAACUUGCUUUGCUUUCUCGAAAUAAGAGUUUGACCUAGUUUGUAAACGUUGUUAAUGUUUCGCCUUAGUCCAGACAGCCCGAAGCUGCAGUGUCACGUGAUGUCAUGGAAAACCCAACACAUUUACGUCUGUCCACCCAUUCAGCCUGUUGCAGGUUAGCCAAUUGGGACAGAGCCCAUUUACAUGGCAGUCUUAAAGGUGAGGAAAAACGGCCUGUUAUAAGUAUAAGGGAUACAGCAAGGUUUUAAAAUGGUCAUGGGAAAAAAAAAAAAUCCUGUUAAUUACUGGUAUGGUUGUGUGCAAAAGUUUGUGCGCCCCCGUUCAAUUUUUCUUUGUUUGUUUAUUUUCUGCAUGACUAUGUUCUGAUCAUUUAUUGCGCAAUUUCUGUUUACUUGCUGAAUUUAAUGUACUCGAGGGGGGGGAAAGUAAAACAAAAUGUCGCCUGUGCGAAAGUUAUGGCACAUCUCGUAUUUUAUGUUUAAUGUUUUUCCCCGGUGUGUUGAAGUGUAAUAAAUCGAAAUAGUGCAGUCUGCAGAAACUGCCAUAUUUAGUGUCAUUUGAGUGGGGGCUGUUCAAAUUUGCAUACAAGUCUACCUAAAACCACGCACAUCUUGUUAGUGGAGAGACAGCACAGCAGGAUAUGGGCCCUUUAGUUACUCCACCUACUCGGCUGCUUUCUGCCUUUAUAGGAACGUACCCAACAGCUAGCUUUGGGUGGUCGUACACUAAUGCGGUCAGCAUAGAAUCACCUUAACCAGUAUGUAUUGUUACGUGGAUGCAGGGACUUUAUUCAGGAUGAUGGCUUACAGGUGGUGCAGAUACAUUGUAGUUCUACAUUUACAUUCUGGAAUAUAUGCAUUACUGUGUAUGUUUAUGCAUUGCUGUGUACGCAUUGCUGUGUACGCAUUGCUGUGUACGCAUUGCUGUGUAUGCAUUACUGUGUACGCAUUGCUGUGUAUGCAUUACUGUGUAUGCAUUACUGUGUAUGCAUUACUGUGUACGCAUUACUUUCGCUGCUUUGUAUUUAAAUGUUUGGGAGUCUAAAAUGGGUGUUACGCUCUCAAGCUGAGCUGCUUUGAGUGUAGCUGAGAUGUAACGUGUGACAGUCGUAGUUUGGUUGUCUGUAAUUUUCUGUGACCAAACUGAGUUUUUCUGACCAAACUGUAGUUUAGUUGUUGGCACUUAUCACACUCCACAGCCUCCACAGCCAUACACUCUCUUUAAAAAAUAUAUGGUUCUUCAAGGGUUCUUUAGACAAAAAAAUGGUUCUAUAUGGAACCAUGAACACUCAAUGAACCCUUUGCCUCAUGAAAGGGUUUUAUGGAUUGAUGGAAAAUGCGCACGGAUGUGCUAUAGACGGUUCUUGAUAGAACCUUUAUGAAAAGGGUUCUUUGUUACAAGCUUGACACCGUAAGAAUAGAAGAAUUCUUUCUUUGGUGCUGUAUAGAACCAUUUUCAAAAGGGGGCAUUUACAGCACGUUCUCCAUCAAUCUGAAGAACCCUUUGACAAUUCAAAGAAACCUCUAUUAUCAUGCAAGGGGUUCUUUGAGUGUUUGUGAUUUAUAUAUAGAACCUUUUUGAAAAGGGUUCUUCUGUUGUUACAAGCUUGACACAAUAACAAUAGAACCUUUUUUGGUGCCAUAUAGAACCAUCUA